AUGCGUGCCUCAACAUUCAUCCUCUCAGCGCUGGGCUCCUCGGUCUUUGCGGCUCCCACUUUCCCAGACCUCAACGUGGCCGCUGCAUUGCCCGGUGGCAUAGAUACAGUGGCCGAGUACUUCAACCUAUUGGCAUCCAAGGUUCAAGCGAGCAAGAUCUUGAUCCAGGCGCCCGUCUGCGACCUCUCCAAAGCUUUUCUCCCGGCUGCACCGACCCCUCUCCCCCCGCCGACUGCGGGUCUGUACCUUAAGCAUGUUGCACUUGGCCGUGGUACCCAGAACUACACAUGCGAUCUCAAAAAUGCAACCGCCGUUCCGGUCGCCAACGGCGCAGUGGCCACCCUGUUCAACGCCUCGUGCCUAGCCUCGACCUACCCGGAUCUUGCCAGCUCGCUGUCUCGUGCUGCCAUACAAUUUAACCUGACUGAAAACGAAUCGAAGCUUGCUCCUUCCAACCUCGGUGUCAGCGGUUUGCAUUACUUCACCACCACCACAACUCCCUUCUUCAACCUUGAUGUCAGCCAAAACUUGAAGCUUGGCGAGGCACAAUGCAACAAGACCAACAACACUCCAGCCCCGGCAAAUGCGGCUAAGGGCCAGAAGGGAGAGCCAGCCGUUCCGUGGCUGAAGCUCGUGGCCAAGGCUGGCGCCUCUGGCGGUCUUCAAGAAGUUUACCGUGUUGAGACUGCGGGUGGCAGCGCUCCUGCGAGUUGCAAGGGGUUGACACCAACCUUCGAGGUGCAAUAUGCAGCACAAUAUUGGUUCUAUGCGAAGUAA